CUGAUUGAUUAGUCAUGUCGGUUGUAAGAGAAUGGAAAUAGUUCUGGCGGGGCUCGAACCCGCGACCUUCGGCUCAUAAGACCAACGCUCUGACCAAUUGAGCUACAGAACUUUUUGGAAAACAAAACCAUUUUUUGCCCUUAAACAGGUUAAUCUCGAAAGCAUAAAAGAAGAAUAUUCGCAAAGAGAAACUCUGUUCUUUCAUAUGGUUUCGAUCGUCUCGAGCGAGAUGAUCCAGCCCGCGGCGGCGAUCCCUCCUGCUAGAUUCGAGCUCACCGCAUUCGACAGGAUCAUGAGGUACGUGCCAUACCAGAAGCGCGUGCUCUUCUUCGCGGCGCCGCCUGGAGUGGAGGAUGAUCUCUUCGCUCGAGUGAUGGGCGAUCUCAAGAGGAGCCUGGCCGAGGCGCUGGUGGUGUUCUAUCCCCUUGCCGGGCGGAUGCGAUCCACCGGCGAGACGCUCGAAGGGCUGGAGCUGGAUUGCACGAGCGAUCGCGGCGUGAAGCUGAGCGUCGCGGAGGCAUCGAUGCGGCUGGGCGAUCUCGCUCCGGAUUUCGAGCCAUCCAAGUUCUGUGAUUCCCUGUCUGAGAUUGGAUCCCCAGAGCCGGCCCAUCCCUGGAAGCCCGAGGAUCCCUUGCUCUUCGUCCAGGUGACGAGAUUCCAGUGUGGAGGCCUCAGCAUUGGAGUCGCGUUUAGCCACCAGGCCAUGGACGGGAUCAGCGCCUGGAGAUUCAUCGCCUGCUGGGCCAAGCUCGCGAGAUCCGGCCUCGACCAGGGCUCCCUCUCCCCGAAAGAGAUCCCUGGUCCAUUCUACAGCUACAACGAAGAAACUCCAGCCAUGGAUCGAGAUGAGCUACUCGCGGCUGGAGCCGCCGGUGGAUUCUUGCCACUGGAGAGCGCCAAAUCCAUGCCGCCGCUACCGCUUGGCACCAAGAUCUUCAAGCUGGAUCGAGCCGCGAUCGAGAGCCUCAAGAUCGAGGCUGGCAUCUCGGCCAGCGACGGCAAGAGAUUCACCACGUACGAGGUCGUGUGCGCGAAUUUCUGGAAGAGGAUGACGAUCGCGAGAGCUCUUCCCAGUGGAUCGGCAUCGAAUUUCAUCAUCCUCGCCAGCGGCCGCGGCAAGAUGGAAUCCGUCCCCGAAUCCUACUUCGGCAACGCCGUGAUCUACUCCUUGGUGAGCGCCGCCGCCGAGGAGCUCGAUCGAGAGCCCCUCUCCCACGCCGCCGAGCUGAUCCACCGGGCAAUCGCGGCGGGCGACGAGCAGAGAGCCAAGAAGAUCACAGCAUUCAUGGACCGAGAGAUUGCAAGGCUCGUCACACGAUACCGGAUCUAUCCCUUCCACAUCGUCGUGAGCUCCCCGCGGCAUCCGGUGAUGGAGUGUGACUUUGGAUUUGGGCGGCCGCUGGGGUCGAGCUUUGGGACCAAUGAUCUCCACGAGGGCAAGAUCUACCUCUUCCCUUCCGCGGAAAUGGACGGCGGGAUGAGCGUCACGGUCGUGUUACAGCCUGACGCCAUCCAACGCCUCACAUGAUGACACGCUAAUUUAACAAUACGUUGAUAAAUGUUAUAAAAGUUUAACUUUUAUAAUAUAUUUUGACAUUCGAGCCUCA